AUGAAUUCGGUCUUACGUGAAAUAUCAUCAUGGAAAGAUACUUUUGUUGAUGAUGUUAGUGAAUUAAGUAAUGAACAAUUAGAAAUUCGAAAAUCGUUUGAAGCUGCUGAUAAAUUUAUUCCUGAAAUUGCUGCAAAUGCAUAUUCAAAUACUCAUCCAAAAAGUGCUUGGAAGAGCAAAUAUUUAAUACUUCCGAGGAUUCCAGAUUCUCAAAAUGAAGAUCUAGAUGAUAUUAUAUUAU